GGCUCGAGCUCAGCCAGCACUUUCCUCCUUGUCAAAUUUGCAGGGGCGGGCAUGGCUGCUCCCAUGGUCGUUUCGCGAUUGUCCCCGCGCGAGCGCUGUUGCAUUGUGAGCGUGCUCGUUUUGCUCACCUCCGAGGCUUGCUUCUUGUGCAACAACCCCAGCGGCCGUGUCAGGAUCGUCGGGCGGCCGUGCCUCCACUGUCGUCCUGAUGCUACCGCAAGUGAGGCGUUGUACGGGCGUUUUGCUGGUCUGGUUGAACGCCCAGCAUGUGCGCUCAUGACGUCAGAGCGAGUCCGGGCCGCAGGCUUGGCGCUGUCCCGACUCUACGACGCGGGAGAACUGGAACGUUGUGUCACUCGUGCAGUAGAAGUGCUCGGCGCUGGUAAGUUGAUGCGGUCACCGGGUGUGAUUGACGACAGAGUCUUAGAUUCGAUUUGGCCAGCAGGAAGAGGCGGUCGCGAUUCACUGAAGGACUUAGCGCAGCUGCUCAGCAUAGGGACCAAUGAAGCUAUUGGAUUUUCUGUCACUCGCGGCUCGCCGUUGCUCGAACCCUUGGAUGGCAAGUGGCAAGGAGGUCUUUGCAAGCUAUCUUUAGAAGACGCUGGAGCCUCCUGGGGGCCCCUGGCCCGCUGGCGGGUCACCUCUGGGCCUCCAGAGCUUCAUGGACUGCACCUGGUUGCUUGGCAGCGUGUUGACCCACUGACUGGCAGAACCUACCGAAGCCGUGCAGAGCUAUCAUUUCUUGGCACAUUUGCCUUGCAAGCGCAGCCUGGAGAUGUUCUGCAAUUGGCGAGAUCAGAUCGAGCUGCUUACCUUGAGGUUGCAACAUUUGAUCGUUUGCCGUUCUCUGCACCCCUUGUUCGCGAGGAUGACCUUGCAGAACUGGGCAUGUCAUUUGUGGAUUUGGGCAGCGAGUUCAUGGAAGCGCGCCAUUUUGCACAGAAGCAGAAUCAGCUCGGGCCUGCGGAAGCCCGCAGAGCGCGUAUCAAGCGUCUUUCCACUUUUCCGAUUUUCAGACAGGCGCUCUUUGUGGCUAAGCGUGACGCAGUAUGGACUCGCUUGCUACCCUCGUUGGCCCCUUUCGCCUAUGCUGUUUACGAGGCGGCGGAGUCGCAAUUGCCCCGAUUCUGGUCUACACCAAGCCAGCCCGUCGACAACCCUUCUGGAUUGCAAGUCAUUGUUGCCACGACGCUGGCAGCCGGUGCACUGCUUGCAGUUGCAGGCUUCGUUGCUCUCAAUGGCCCUUCGGCCUUUGACCCCCUGAAGGAUUGGCUGAGGUCAAACGUUGGCUUCGACUCCAGGCCGUCCUGGACUGACCUGUAAGGUGCACAAGCUUGGCCUCAUCAUCGAACUACAUGCGCAGCCGAACACAUUUAUCAGUACGGCGUGUGAGCCCUAUGUGUGGAACCCUAAGUGUGGAAGCCUAAGUGUCUGUGUGGACCCCUAGGCGUGGAUGUUUAGAGCCCCAUGCGUGGAAUCCCAUGUGUGCUGAGCCAGAUACAGGUGUGCGGAAUCCUACAAGUGUG